AUGGCUGGAACAGCUGUCCCCGUGGACUGGCCAACUCUCUUACGGCGACAGCAAGGAGAAGUGCAAGGAGCUUCCAACAGUGAGCAUCCUCGCAACUCUUCCUGGCCUAUCUCAUCAGCAAGCUCCAUCCGCAACUGCGGAACAGGUACGCAACCUGAUCUGUACCUCCAGCUUUCGCAUAUACUUGAAUGGGAAAUCUGGAAUCACAAUCAGACGCGUGACCAUCUAGCUACAGAACGUGAUAAAGUUAGCGAGUUAAAUUCGCUGGUAUGGAAGCUCUCACAGGAUAUAGAUCAGUGGCGGAGUGCAUGCCAGCAAGGGUAUGCGGCACUAGACCAGCACAGAACUGAAAAUGCCGAACUAAAGCGCGCACUAGCAGAAGCAAGGUCCACGUCAACUGAACAGGGCAGUGAAAACGCCCCGCUUGGCACUCCAGACAUGACAACCCUGCCGCCAAGGCACAGUUUCCGAAAGCUUGCACCAAUGCCGAAGGUUGAUACGAACGAACAUUCCUGGCGGCUCGGCUUUAUCAAAGAUGUCGAGGAUCAUAGCAUUGCCAGUUCUGUAGAGUAG